AUGCCUCAGGGAACAUUACCUUUGAAUGGCGAAUCAAUGCCAACAUUCAUGCCAGCAUACUCAAGAGCAAGAGGAAUCUUUACCAAUACUACUGCAGUCGGCAUCUCGUAUCGCGUUGCCGCAUCUCAGGUCGCCCAUCUUGUCCCAGAUGUUCUCGAACUGGAGGAAGAGCCGCUGAUGACCUCUCUGUUUCUCAGCUACGGAAUGAGCCCUGUUGGGUCCUACACUGAAUAUGCUCACCAGGUAGAGGUUACCUACAAGGGCAAGAUGUUUCACUAUAACCUUCUGUUCAUUCUUGACAACGACGCUGCCAUUUUCGCUGGUCGCGAGCUCCUUGGCUUUCCCAAAGUACUUGGAAAGAGUGUUAUUCAAGAGUUUACAGGUACCCGACUUGUCACCGGCAGCACGGAGAGGCCUGUUGGAAGAAAGAUGGUCGAGUUUGAGUUCGUUCCUGAGAAAAUGGUCACCAACGCGCCCCUACAAGAUAGGUGGAUGCUCAAUCUGCGCAAUAUCCCAUCGCCUCACAUUGGCCAACCCCCAUCUGUUCAAGAAUUCCUCCCUGUUGGUCUGGGGAUGAAGUGCGAUGAGGUUUGGACGGGAAUCGGUUGUGUUCACUUUCCGAGGAAAUCAAUGUCUGAUCCUUGGGUUAACUUGGACAUAUUGAGAUAUGAGGGGAGCUUUAUGGCAAGAAACGCGACCGCUGAGCUCCUUGUUCGACAACCUUCUCAGUAA